GCAUCAGAGUGCACUUGGUCCAGAUCGGAGCAUCAUCAGCAUCACAUGCCGUGUACCUGCUCCUCCAACAUGGACCGUGUUUGGCCCUGACGUCAGCCGUCACCGCCCUGCCUGCAGUAUCCUCGCUGCCUGCAGAUGAUGAUGGAGACGGGAGAAGCGGCCUCGCCAUGAAUCCCAUCCGGGGGAGGAAUUAAAGCGCAUGGACGGAGAGUGAGACACGGAGGGGGAAAACCACUUACGGAUGAGGAGGACCGGUCACCUUUCACAUCUGGCGGGCGAAGAGAUGCUCCACGGCGGCGAGACGCAAGGGAGCGGCGGGCUGUGGCGCUCCGCUCCGGCUGUUCCUCGGCACUUUGGCAGGGGCACUGUGAAGGCGAUUUAGGGAACACAUCCACGGGGUAAACACCACCAGAAGGAUCCGUUUUCAACACCGUCGUGGAUGUGAUGAUGAAGACAUGUCUUUUAACAGGGUGGAGCUGCGGUUUCUUUAAUAAAUUAUGAGGAAUUCCGCUCAGCCUAAUUUGAUGUUUAUGUCUGACUGAUACUCGCCCCACAGCGCCUUGUUUUCGCGUGUGAACAAUGACACAGGUGAUGUUAUGUCACCGGACCGAGCGAGGGGGAUGAUGAUGGCUGCUGGCUGGUGCGGGACGACCCAGAUCAUUCGCGUAAAGCUCCCUUACAGCGGCUCUCCAUGGAGGCUGUUUAUGCAAUCCGACGCAGUGUUGCAAGUGGGCUGAUUUCACUCCAGCACUGUCUCCAUGUGAUAGCUUAUGAUCCCCACAAACUGCCAGGCCUCUUGUGUUUCUGUGAAAUAUGCUCGGGCCUUGCGUAAAAAAACAAGAUAAAGUGAAACACUGCAUGGAGGGGGCUGAGGAGACUCUCUGAGUAAAAAGGGGGGAUUUUCUGGAAUUUAAAAGCGGGAAAAAAAGCCACCAGAAUGUCGAAAGUUGUCAGUAACAAGGAGAAGAAAUCCUUCAGUAAAAAACUCUUCCGGAGAAGCUCGGUCCGCUCCGUGGGGAGCUUUAUGAACAGAGUUCUCCGGACUCUGUCCACUUUGUCUCAUUUCAGCACCGACGAGCAGGCCGCCGAGGAUGAGAAGGACGACGCCGGCUCGAUCCUUACCACCACCGGGGGGUCUCUGCCGUCCGACGACAGCGACUGCGGGGGGUUUCCCUUCGGGGACAAGGUGCCAGGUGUAGCAGGGCUCAAGAACCACGGGAACACCUGCUUCAUGAACGCUAUCCUGCAGUGCCUGAGCAACACGGAGCUGUUCGCAGAGUACCUGGCUCUGGAGCAGUUCAAAGGCGGGGAGUCCACCAGCAGCAGCAGCGAGAAGGCCAAGUCUAACGGGGUGCUGGUGGUACAGAAGAAGGGCAGCCAGCAGCAGCAGCAGCAGGACGCAGGGGAGGUGACGGAGCAGCUGUCCGGCCUGGUGCGGGCUCUCUGGACCUUUGAGUACACACCUCAGCACAGCAGGGACUUCAAGAAUGUGGUGUCUAAGAGCGCCCUGCAGUUCAAGGGUAACUCCCAGCACGACGCCCAGGAGUUCCUCCUCUGGCUGCUGGAUCGAGUCCACGAAGACCUCAACCAUAUCAUCCACCCUGAAAUCGUACCCCCCACGAAGCCUCCAGUAGAAGAGGAAAAUGCCCCUGAAGGAUCUCCACUACCAGCACCUGGCUCUUUUGUACAGGAGUUGUUUCAGGCACAAUACAGGUCCUCGCUGACCUGCCCUCACUGCCAGAAACAGAGCAACACCUUUGAUCCUUUCCUCUGCAUCUCACUGCCAAUCCCGGUACCUCACACACGGCCUCUCUAUGUGACAGUGGUGUACCAGGGAAAGUGCUCCCACUGCAUGAGAGUGGGGGUGGCGGUGCCUCUUUCCGGCACCGUGUCCAGGCUGAGACAAGCUGUGGCUCAAGAGACCAAAAUCCCUACCCAACAGGUCGGGCCCUUCACUCUGCGUGUGGUGGGAGUGGUGGGGAUCACAUACCUCUUGCCUCAGGAGGAGCAGCCGCUCUGCCACCCCUCAGUUGAGAGGGCAUUUAAGUCCUGCGGUCCUGGAGGGCCCCCUCAUGUCAAAAUUGUCGUGGAAUGGGACAAGGAGACGAAAGACUACCUGUUCAAAAGAACUGAGGAUGAAUACAUCCCAGACGCUGAGAGUGUGCGUCAGUCAAAGGAGCAGCACCUGCAGCCGCAGACCUGCUCACUGGCCCAGUGCUUUCAACUCUACACCAAAGAGGAGCAGCUGGCUCCUGAUGAUGCGUGGCGCUGUCCGCACUGUAAGCAGCUCCAGCAGGGCAGCAUCAAGCUCAGUCUGUGGACGCUGCCCGACAUCCUCAUCCUACACCUCAAACGCUUCAGACAGGAUGGGGAUCGGCGGAUGAAGAUGCAGAACAUGGUGAAGUUCCCGCUCACGGGCAUGGACAUGGCGCCUCACAUGGUGAAGAGGAGUCAGAGCAGCUGGAGUCUCCCCUCCCACUGGUCACCGUGGAGACGGCCUUAUGGGAUGGGCCGUGACCCGGAGGACUACCUGUACGACCUGUACGCAGUGUGUAACCAUCAUGGGACCAUGCAGGGAGGACACUACACAGCUCACUGUAAGAACUCCAUAGAUGGACAGUGGUACUGCUUUGACGACAGCGACGUUCAGCCCAUAUCUGAAGAUGAUGUUUGCAAGCAGACUGGGUACAUCUUGUUUUAUCAGAGACGUGCCACCAUUCCCUCUUGGUCUGCCAACAGUUCUGUGGGAGCUCCAUCCCACGUCCACUUCAGCAGCGUUUAG